CUCAAAACUGUUAGCUUGAUAAUAUCACGUAGAUAAUAGAACACUAAAUUUUGACAAUUGUGGCCACCACGCCCCUAUGUUUACAUGUCAAAGCUAUUUGUCAUCAAACUGAUUGUUGACAAAAAUUCAACAAUUUAAUUACCUGAGUUACCUGCAAUAAGGCGAAAGCCACACACUGAAAUUUCGAUAAAUUAUCAUCAACAUUCCGUACAUGUGAUUAAAGCAGUGGUAAAAAUGAACUACGGCAAGAAAUCACCCACAGGCACACCCUCUGUAUAUUCACACACAACUUCCAGGAGCAAUGCUAACUUGAGGGGCUCCAGGAGUUUGAAAUCUUUGAAAACGCCCUGGUACCAAAAGCCUCUUGUUCAAGAUGCCAUAUUUAUAGACGUGCAACGCGCUUCACUCAUUGCAGGGAUAUUUUCAUUGGUUUUAUCUCUAUUUACAAUAAUCACAGCAUGCUUCGAUCUAUACUGCUAUGCAAUGGCAGCUCCUGGUUCUACCCAUUAUGGAUAUUAUGUUAUCAGCUUUCAGUUUGUCUAUGUAGGCAAUAGACAUGUGAGAAAUACACUAGUGAUGUUUGCAGCCUUUUCAAUUUUACUGUCCUUAGCAGUAUUUGUUACAAGUAUUAUGUUAAUAAAUGCUUUGAGAAAGGAAUAUGAGAAAAAAAUGUUGCCUUGGUUGUACAGUUUUGCUGUUUUUACGACGUUCAGAUUUCUAGCCUAUUUGUUUUUCUCGAUUAUCAAUGAUAUGAUUUUUGCUUACAACAUCAUUAUGUGCCUUCUGUGGACGAUAUUCAUUGUAUUGAGUGUUUAUGGAUGGGUUUUGGUGUAUUCUCUGUAUAUAGAACUGUCAGAAUUGACUCGACUGGAAGAUUUGGCUCAUUUAAGGAUGGGCACCAUGCAGUCGCUAAACACAUCGACAGCCCCAUCUCUGGCGGGCUCUCGCCCAACGACCCCACACAGUACAGUUUCGACGAUGCCGGUCUAGAGGAAAUACCACUGGACACAACGCCUGCAUAUUGGCCACAAAGGUCCAAACCACCCAUCGUUUCAACCAUAUAUUAACUGUUCUAUCUGCAAAAUCAAAUGCAUUUAUAAUCUUUUUGUUAUAAAAAUAAGUUCAGAUUAAGAGAUCUUGAAUUAUGGGACGAUAUCAUUGUGUUUGCAUUUUAUUUUCGAGUGACCUAUAAAAUUUCGUCUAAACUAUACUUAAUGACUUUGUUCACCAUAGCAAAACUUGUUUUAAGUAUCAUAGAAUCACGUUUCAUAAUCGGUUCCCUGAAGAAAACAAUUACUUCUUUUACUAAUACCGCAACAGGCAUUGCAUUAUAACCAGAGAAAAACAGCAGAGA